AGUGACAUUCGAUAUGUCAAAACAUUCCUCACGACACCUCCAUUGGCUCUUCAUUUAUCUAAAAUUCUUUUCAUAGGAAAUUAUCAAUAUGAAACAUUCAUCCAAUCAGACUGAUUACUCACAUGUCGAUAACUAUUGAUAACAUUUCGCUCCGUUCGCAGCAAAAAUGAGAGAUAGUCCUCCUGCCAUCGUUGAAUAUUCUCUGGUCCAUUUCCGGCAGCGUUAUGACUGGGAUUGUGGUUUGUCCUGUAUUAUGAUGUUACUUGAUCGGAAUGAGAGACGAGAGUUUUUAGCUAACUUCAAAAACAUCUGCGAGACGGGCGGAUUCGGGGAAAGCACAUGGACUAUCGAUCUAUGCUACAUUCUCAAGGACCUCGGUAUCAAGCACAAGUAUCUAACAACUACGUUUGGGGCGGAUCCCUCGCAUGUGGGAAAAGAUUACUACAAAUGUUUCAACACGGAUGAAGCGCGAGUAAACGAAAAGUUUCAAAACGCUUCCUCAUUCGACAUUCCUAUUGAAAUACAAACUGUCACCCAUCGCUAUCUUGUGGAACAUUUAGCUAAUCAUGGCAAUAUUAUACUGUUAACGAAUGCUUCUCUAUUGUAUUGUGAUCUAUGUAAAGCGAAUAAACUUACUAUAGAAUUAAGGUCAUGCCUAGGAUUAAAACCAACAUACAUGGGUCAUUAUAUCAUCAUAUGUGGCUACGACGAGAGAAUACAGAAGUUCAUUUAUCGGAACCCGGCUUUCAGAGACAGUAAGGACUUUUUUGCUAUAUGUCGUUCGAAGCGAUGGAUCGAGCGCGAAAAGUCAACGGAACCGAUGAGGAUCUAAUUCUUAUAUAUGACAAAGGGAUGUGAUAAUUGAAACGGAUGCAUUUUAUAUUUUGGUGGAAGCUUAACUAUAAGCAAAAAGAGUACAACAAUUUUCAUCACAACGGCUUUAUUUGCUACUACAUCCUAUUCAUUAUGUACAUCAUAAUCUUUUGGAAAUAAAACUAGACAUUAAAUGUAUCUUAUA